UGUGUCAACCAAUGUGGCCUCUCGCUUCUAUCUUCUUAUCAUUGCACUUGUUUGCGCUCCUACGCCCGGUUUAUGCUUCGUGCGCAGUUAACCUAACCGCAUUAUCAGAGGUAUGGAAUCACUGGAUCCUCCCGCAAAACUUCAGUCCUCCUGUCAGUGCCACCAGACUUGUUCCCCGCUCGUCUUCAUCGACUUUGACUGUCCCACCACCUAUCUGCCACCCGGAUUAUUUAGGCAACGGGUUUGGUGAGCGCUGCUUCAGUGUCAACGACAUGGGCCAUGGGCACAUGGGCAUGGGAACAUUGUGUCAACGAUGUGGCCUCGGGCUUCUAUCUUCUUAUCCCUACAAUAUUUACUCCAAGUCCAGUUCUACUUGAAGAAUCUCCAGAGUCGCCGCCGCCAAUAUCUUACACUCCUGUGUCCGACGAAAGCAUGUUUACUACAAGCCCAAUAUUUUUUGAAAAUGCUCGGGAGUCACCUCCCCCGUUAUCUUACACACCUGUACCGCAGCCAAACCCCCAAAUAUCAUUGGAGUCCGACACCAGAAUAUUACCCAACGUUGGAUCAGUCUACUAUUAUUGGUGUCCACCGCCACCACAAUAUUACUGGAGUCCGCCGCCACCGCAAUGUCACUAUUGUGCCCAACGGUCGGAAAUGAUGGAACUAAUAAGGAGUCGUGAAGGUUUCUCGGUUGGGUUUUUCCCCUUCACCUGA